UGCGAAAGCGCGGCAAAGAGAGCAACCGCUCCGGAUCAGCGCUACAGCAGGGCCCAGGCUGCGCCUGUACUCGGACUGUGGCCUCAUCAACCUGAAGAUGGCAACACUCAUCUUUGUCGAUCAAGAGAAUGGUGAAGUUGGUGCUACCAAGAGUCGGCUGAGACUCCCUGCAGGACCCUCAAAAGCCUUAUCUGAAAGAACACAAGUUAACACUCCACUUCCCAAGAAAGCCAUUGGUACCUCUCCAGCCAUGUCUCAUUCUGUCAGAAAGGCUCUUGGAAAUGUGAACAGAACUUCAGGAGUCACAAGCAAAGUGGAAAAGAAGGGAGAGAAAACUCAGUCUUGCACUGCAAACAAAAUAACUGAAAAGACUGCUGGAGUAGAAAGCUGUGACACAGUGGCUGAAGAAGACUGGCCGGAAAUAGAAAAAAUGUUUCCUUAUGAUCCUCAAACCUUUGAGAGUUUUGAUCUUCCUGAAGAGGAAAAAGUGAGCAAUAUCAACCUGCAUGGUGUUCCUCUCAUGAUAUUUGAAAGAACAUAUGACAGAUGUGUGAAGAUGGUUCCUUCACCUGUGAAGCUUGAGGAGGAUUCAUGGGAGUCCAACUUGCUACAAUCAAAUGAUUUUCUUGCUACCCUGGAUGAGAUCAUUGAAAUGCCACCUCCAAAUUAUGACCUUGAAUGUAUAUACUGA